AUGGAUAUCGAUAAUGAAAUGGAUCCGAUCAAUUUAUCCAAAUCGAUAAUGAGCUCGAAUGAAGAGAUGAUCGAAAUGGUAGAGUAUCCCGACGAACCUGACGAACCCAAUGAACCCGAAGAACCCGAAGAACAGUUUCCUAUUGCGGUAAAGCAGUUUACGAGUAGACGUAAUUACUAA